AUGUCUUUUGGAUACGGUGUCGGUGACGUUAUUGCUGUGUUAGGCCACUCUUCGCGCGCCAAGCUUGAUAUCCUGCGGGGUACCUUGGAACGUAUCCUAAGCCUGGAACCCGAGUGUGACGCGGAGCGCGAAACUUUAGAGCAGAUCAGAGCCAUCGUCAUCUAUUGUGCUCAACCGUUGCAGUCCAUGGCUGACAAGAUGAGAACCAAGGAAACCACCGAUGUUCAGGAACUAAGACAGACUGUUGUAUCUCAGAUGGCUGCUAUCAAUGUCCUCCUGAUUUUGCAGCAACAACGCCUCACGUUACAGUUCCAGGCUACAUGCACUGCCCAGUCAAUGGCGAUCGAGAAGCACGCAAUUGCCAUGGCUGGACACGCCUCGGAUAUCCUGAAUAUAGCAUCAAAGACACAGACUGCAAUCGGCGCUUUGGAAGUGAGUACAGGUAUGCGGGCGAAAACCUAUUCAGAGCACAUAAACGAGAUAUACGAAAGCUUGAAGGCUAUGGAGCGAAAUAUGCGUCAUAUGACGCUGAAGAGUGAACGGGGUACAGCUGUUGUCCAUCACCAGGCUAAUUUCAUCACUCGCCAUGCAAAGACCUUGUUUCAUCUUAUGCAAGACAUCAAGAGAUUAUUCUUCUUGUGCAUAUCCCUCCCAAAGAACAACGCCCGCCAACUAACAUCUAAACACAUUAUAAGCGCCAUUGAAGUCAUACCGCUUCAUCUCACACUCGACAUCGUCCGGCUAAACGAUGUACACGGGGAGAGCUGGGCACUGCCACUACAGACUUGUAGGACCUGGGAAUCGUUUAAAGAGAUUCUCCAGUUCGUUGUGUAUGCCAAUGAAAGGCCCGGAGCAAAAUGCAUCACACAUAAUCUCUUUGCGACGGCGCAAGCAAAGACUGGCAAGAAAGUAGACCAAGAGACAUGGGAGACCAUGAUUGAACCAGGCUUCCAUCUCGAGCAGGCAGUUGUUCUAAAAGUGGAUCACUGGUCUAGAAGAUGUUUGGAUCCAAAGUAUACCGGAACGCUUCUGGAUCACGCCCUCGAGUUUGAAACCCGACAGGUUUGCGCAGAUGUGGGCCUUGUCAAGCUUCUUUACUUGGAAGUAUUCUCUUCCGGGAAUCCAGUUCAAGAAGCGAGGGAUCUUCUCGAGAAUUGCCUCAACGCCCUGACCAAAACUGUAGAGCGGAAUGCUCAUAUCUGGGAACCUUGCUGCAAUGGCCAGCAUGCAGACGCUGCUGAUGCGUUUUAUAAAUGUCUUGAGCGUAAGCCAGAGUUGUCUAGCGAUAUGAAAGAUGAGCUUUUAGGCGGAACUUUGAUUCACGAAAUGGUUGAUUCGCCACUGGACGGCGAACAUGGAUGGUAG